UUCUCUAAUCAAAGGGAUGGACACAUUUGCAAUUCUUGAUUACCCUCUACUGGCAAUUGAUAAACAUGGCCGACGCAGUGGAGUUCGUGGUAGAUGCAUGUCCGUAGUUAGACUGUUAUUCCAUUUCAUAGUUUUAUGGUAUUUGUCAUAAACAUUCAUUGAAAAAGGAGACCAUAAAAAUGUGGGCAAAUCCAUGGGGUGGAGGUGGUCCCAUUCAGCAGUCAGCUUUUCAAGGCAUGCCCAAUGACCAAGUUGAUUGGGCUGCACUUGCAAAGCAAUGGAUCGCCCAGAGGGAAACUGUAGCAGAGCAUCCCCCGGCCAUGCCAAUAGGAGGGGCUCCGCCUCCCCCACCUCCCCCCGCUAAUGGUGGGCCAGGGGGUGACGACAUGGACAUUGAGGGGGACAAUGAGAAUAAUUCUCAAGACUCCAACAGCUACGGUAAUAUGCCAGUUUAUCAGAGUCAAGAUUACAACUCCCAGGGCUGGGGAUGGAAUGGAGCUCCUAACUGGAAUGUUAACAUGGCAGCAGGGUGGGGAGUAAACCUAGGCGAGGGCAGCAAAAAUCCGCAGAGUUUUGAUUAUUCUCACCAAGGGAACUUUCCACCAGCCUUUGAUUACAACCAUGGAGGAGAUCAGUUCAAUUUCCAGGGAAGCGGGGGGGAUUACAAUCAGUACUGGGAGGGACAGGACAGUGAGGACUCUCAGCAUAGCCGACCGUUCACAGGCAAUCACCGCCCAAACAGAUACCCCACUCCCCCGGGCACCGAGGACGAAAACAGUGGACUAGAUGCAGCCAAAAGGAAAACCCUGCCUGCUUGGAUCAGAGAAGGUUUAGAAAAAAUGGAGAGAGAAAAGCAAAAGAAGAUGGAAAGAGAGCGAAUUGAACAGGAGAAGAAGGAAGCAGAAAAACGAGAACAGGCGGAGAAAGAAGCAAUGGAUGACAUGACGAAUGACGGCGAGCCUCACGUUCCAAAGAAGAGUCGAUUUGAUUCGGAUGAUGAAGAGGAUCAAAGUUCAUUACCUCCAACACCUGUCAAGGACAGGUCAAGGUCACCAGAACAGGUCAAAAGGAGAAGCCCUUCUCCACAGGAGUUUAAAUCAGAGGAGGAAAAGCAGAUGGAAUUUAUGAUGAAAGUGAGGAAAAUGUUGACAGAGAUUCUGUUGGAUGUGACCAACUCUGAAAUAAAAAGUGUUUGUAAAGAGGUGUACCUCAAAGAAAAAAGCAGGGCCUCCAAAGCUCCAGCAAAGCAGCUCACCAAGUCUACUGCUUUAGCAUCUUUGACUGGCUUGGGUUUGACAGGCUAUGGCAGUGACAGUGAUGAAGAAGAGGAGGAGGAGGAAGAGCCGGACUCGGAUGAGGAUCUUGAGGAGCGGAUACGUCAGAAGAAGGAGGCAUUUGAACGCAAAAUUAAAGAAGCAGGCAUUUAUGAUGAGGAUGAACUAGAACCAGAAGCACCAAAAAUUUUCAAGGAUCCCAUCUCUGACAAGCACAGCUACCCAUUCCAGAACAAAUAUAAUGGAAUUCCUGGCUUGGAUGUGAAAUCUGAACCUGAAAGUAGUUCAAAGGAUUCAAAAGGGAAGACGGAGCGACCAGCAGAUAAAACUAAAAAAGCAAAGAAAAGUAGGCCGACCUCAAGCAGUAGUUCUAGUGCUUCGGGGAGUUCUAGUGAAUCUGAUUCUGACAGCUCGAAUAGUUCAUCUAGCUCUUCCAGUACUUCUUAUGACUCAGAUAGUUCUGUCAGUGAGAGAAAAAAAAGGGAUAAGAAAAAGAAAAGGGAAUUAGAAAAGUCUUCUUCUAAAACAGUGGGGAAAAGAAAGGAAAGGGAAAAAAGUGGGAGUAGUAGGACUGGGAAAAGUAAAGAUCUGGAAUCAGAUCAUAAAAAGAAUAGGGAAAGAAGACAGAGUAAGGGGGAGGAUUUAGGUAGGAGUUAUGGUAGGGAUGGGGACACACAGAGUAGUAAAGAUGACAAAAGCAAAAGGAGAGAUUCACGCAAAGACAGUUCUAGAGGGUCCCCCAAGAGGAGUGAGAGUAGAGACCGCAAUUCAGAGAGAAAGAAGUCCAAGAGAGAGAGAAGUAGAACUAGGUCCAGGUCCAGAGAUAGGUACAGAAGUAGGUCAAGGGAUAGGGGGAAAAAUAGGAGUGUAAGUAGGGAAAGGGAGAAAAGAUACAGAAGCCGUUCAAGGGACAGAAGUAGGUCAAGGGAAAAGAGACGUAGUAGAAGUAGGUCAAGGGACAGGAGACGAAGUAAAAGUAGGUCAAGGGAAAGGCGGCGCAGUAGGUCAAGGGAAAGGAAAAGAAAGAGUAGAAGUAGGUCAAGAGGAAGGGAUAGUCGUAGGCGCAGUGACAAAUAUCAAGAUGAUAAGAAGGAAAAACUCCGUCACUCAACGGACUCUAAGAGUAGUAAAUCUAAGUCGAAGAAACGUAAAAGGUCAAAGUCCCAAUCAGACAGUGAUGAUGGACACAGGAGCAAGCAGAAGAAAUCGGGGAAGAACCGGUCUAGGAGUCGAUCUGGUGAACCCAAAUCCAAAAAAUCUGGUGGCGGUAAGAAGUCCAGACACAGGUCUAGCUCCAGCUCAAGGUGGGAAAACCUCUUCUUAUUUAAUUCUCUCUCUCUUUCCACAGUUGGUCUAAUAGAUAUAUAGUACUUAAUAUGUUAUUGUCUAUAUGAUGUACAUUAUUUUUGCAGGAAUAUUUAUUGAUAUAACCUGUUUAUUUUUGAUAACUUACUGGUAAACGAUAACGUCUGUUCAUUACCCUAUAUUCAUUAGUUUGGGUUUUCUGCAUUUCAGGUCCCUGUCUCCAAAGAGAAAGUAGAGUGCAUCCAGAUAUUUAGCAGUUUUCCUACACCAUGUGAUUUUUCUGUUAUAAUUCUUACAAAAAUAAAAUUUGAGUCUAUAAACAUU